AACAAAAUUUGUUUGUUAGGUUAAGUUCGAUAACAAAUUUCGAUGUUGUGCUGAUAGUGAAAAUAAAAUAAAUGUUUAAAAAUGUCUCUGUACGAUGAUUUUGAUAAUAUUAAAACACGGGCGACUGAAAAAGUAGCAGGAUGGUCGUCUGGCAUAAAAUUACUUCAAUCACAGUUACAAUUAAAGAAAGCUGCUACGACACAACCGAAACGGGAACAAUUGCGACGUGCUAAUCAAGUGCUUGCUCCCGUUAUUGACUUGAAAUCGAAAAAAGAAGAUGAUGAUAUUUAUCCAAAUUUAUCGGCAAUUAUAUUCCCAACACCAAAACAGCGAAAAUCAUCGGGAAUACCGAAGAAAGCACAAUAUCCAGCUGAUUUAGAUUGGGAUUUUGAUGAGGAGUACGAUCCAUUCUGGCCGAAUGAUUAUGAAAAAGUUGUGAAAGAUUUACGUAUGUUACGUGAUCGUGAAAAUGAGCAACGUCAAGAGGAAAAAGAGAAAAAACGUGAUCGUAAACGUAAAUCACGUUUUGCUGAAGCCGAAGCCGAUCAAAGCUCAAAACAUUCACCAGUACAAAUGAGUUCACCGCUAUCCAGUUCAAAUAUUUCCUCAUUAAAUUCAGAUCGAGAUGCAACGUCCUUAUCGUCAUUGGCCGCGAAUUCUGGUUUUGCUGGACGAUGGAAUGAUGAUGAAGAGGAAUUUAAUCCAGAACCACCACAAUCACGUUCGUCCUCUGGUGGUGGAGUUGCUAUUGCACCCCCACCUAGUUUACAAGAAUCAUCUAAUUCAGAUUCACCGCCAAAUGUUAAUAAAGGUCCUCUGGCCGGUAUUAGUUAUGGUGCUAGUUCUGUUGCCGCCAAAAUUAUGGCGAAAUAUGGAUUUAAGGAAGGACAAGGUUUGGGUAAAAAAGAACAAGGUAUGUCGAUUGCAUUACAAGUCGAAAAAACUUCGAAACGUGGUGGACGAAUUAUUCACGAAAAAGAAAUAUUAAUGCCUCCACCACCUGUCCCAGCUACAUCAGGUCCCACAAUUGAAGGACAGGAUAGCCAUGAUGGUAACAGUCAAGAAGCAAAAGCACAAGAACCUUCUAUUACAGAAAUAAUGCGAUCACCCAGUAAAAUUGUUUUACUUCGAAAUAUGGUUGGACCUGGUGAAGUUGACGACGAUCUAGAACCAGAAGUGAAGGACGAAUGUAAUUCUAAGUAUGGUGAUGUGAUUAAAGUUAUUAUUUAUGAAGUUCAAACACAAACUGCUGAAGAAGCUGUACGGAUAUUCGUGGAAUUUAAACGAAUUGAAAGUGCAAUUAAAGCUGUUGUUGAUUUAAAUGGACGAUUUUUUGGAGGGCGUACAGUCAAAGCUGGUUUUUAUGACGCUGAAAAAUUUAAUAGUCUUCAGUUAUUAGACUAAUAAGCGUGGACAAUAUUCAUCCAUUAUGUUUUGAAAUUUAAACGUCUGAAAAGUUCAUAAGACUGGAAAACAAAAUGGUAGGAUGAA